CGGGUGAGCGGGAGGGGCAGCGCGCUCGGCGCGGCCGUUAAAAGCGUUCCCGCCUCACCGCGCGCCCAGUCAGAGGGGCGGCCGCGCCGGGAGCGGGAAUCGGCGAUGCUGGAGAAUGGGUCCCUGAGGAACUGCUGCGACCCGGGCGGGAGAGCCCGCUUCGGCUUGGCGGAGCGCGGGGAGGAGGAGGCGGCGGGGGGAGCCCCGCGGCCAGCCUGGGUGGUGACGGCGCUCUCCAGCGUGCUGAUCUUCACCACCGUGGUGGACAUCUUGGGCAACCUGCUGGUCAUCGUCUCCGUCUUCAAGAACCGCAAGCUCCGGAAUGCAGGUAAUGCAUUUGUGGUGAGCCUAGCUUUGGCUGAUCUGGUGGUGGCCUUGUAUCCAUACCCACUGGUGCUCUUUGCUAUUUUCCACAAUGGAUGGACGUUGGGUGAAAUUCACUGUAAAGUGAGUGGCUUUGUGAUGGGACUGAGUGUAAUAGGCUCUAUUUUCAACAUCACUGCAAUUGCAAUAAACCGAUAUUGCUAUAUAUGUCAUAGUUUUGCCUAUGACAAAGUGUACAGCUGUUGGAACACGAUGCUGUACGUCUCCUUAAUCUGGGUAUUAACAAUAAUUGCAACUGUGCCAAAUUUUUUUCUUGGCUCUUUAAAGUAUGAUCCACGCAUCUAUUCAUGCACAUUUGUUCAGACUGCAAGCUCCUACUAUACCAUAGCUGUUGUGGUAAUACACUUCAUCGUCCCUAUCACCAUUGUGAGCUUCUGCUAUCUUCGAAUCUGGGUUUUAGUGCUUCAAGUGAGAAGACGAGUCAAGUCAGAAACAAAGCCAGGACUGAAGCCAAGUGACUUCAGAAACUUUCUUACCAUGUUUGUGGUUUUUGUGAUUUUUGCCUUUUGCUGGGCACCUCUAAACUUCAUUGGACUGGCUGUAGCCAUCGAUCCUAUGGAAAUGGCACCAAAAGUUCCUGAGUGGUUAUUCAUUAUAAGCUACUUCAUGGCCUAUUUUAACAGUUGCCUUAAUGCAAUAAUAUAUGGACUUCUUAACCAAAAUUUUCGGAAUGAAUACAAAAGAAUUUUAAUGUCACUGUGGGUGCCAAGGCUUUUCUUCCAGGACACAUCCAGAGGAGGAACUGAUGGUCAGAAGAGCAAACCUUCUCCUGCUUUAAACAAUAAUGACCAUGUGAAAACUGAAACCUUGUAAACAUGUAAUAGUCAAUGCAAGAGUUUGUCAUGGAGAAACCCCAAGAACGUAUUUGUUAUGUUCUGUUCAUUUUUGGUAACUUUUGGGGGCUUUCCAUUUGGAUGGCACUUUGUGGCUGGAAUACUGCCUUCUUGAUAAAGCACAUUGCUCUGAACUCAUGAUUUGUAUAAGAUAUCAAUUUAAAAUGUACUUCAGAAUUGAAGGAGCAGGUGAGCACAAGCCGUUUGACUUCUGGGAGCUGAAUCCUACUCCCAGACGUAUGAAUGAGUCAUUUUUUUGCUUCAGUGGGACUUUUACAUUCUUUAUACAACAUCAGAUACUUGUCUAUUUGUCUGGCACAGCAGCUCGUCAAGGCUAUGGAGGGAUAUUUUCCACCCUCCUGUAUCUGAACAAAGAGGAUGAAGCAGAUGGAUAGUAUGUUCUCCACACAUAAACCAAACAUCACAUUUUUGUGCAUGUACUGGUGGCAGUAGCAGUAUCUCUGAAUCAAACUUGUAAAUUGGAGAGAAUACUAGUGUAAAAGCAAUUAGCAUUAGAACCUUUUCUCACAGGUUUUUCAUGCUUACAUACACUGAGAUUGGGAAUACAGUGUAUUUACGUUGUUCACCUUUUGUGGUCAAUUUUAUGGUAGAUAAUAUAGUACAAAUGGUUGAUUUCUUACAUAUUUACUUUACACAAUAUUCUUCUUUUAGAGAGGAUUGAAUUUUCAUUGUGCUCCAUUUAUUUACCUUAAUGUAUACAUCCAAUGUCAUUUGAUGCACACUUUACGCAUUUGCAACUGGCUAGAAAUUAUGGCAUAUGACUUGUAAUUAUCUGGAGUAGCAACUAGUCACCAGGCAGGAUAUCCUAGAUCAUCUGAAAUUAUGCUAUACCAAAAAAAGGCCUUUUGACUAUAAUGGUAGAUGAGAUACCCACUUUACAUGUCUACAUCUAAUCUUGAAUAAAAUCUACAGUUGGAGUCUAAUCUAAGAUAACCUUCAAGGUUCCUUAGAAUGGGUAUAUGUUUCCUUCCAUCUGUCAUGAUAAACACACAUCCAGGGAUGAAAUUAGUUGCUCUGUGGAGGUGCUGGCCUACUUUCAUUGACUUUAGAAGGAGCUUUGAUUGCGAGUUCGAGCACCUCACUUUGGAUAGCUAGACAGGGAUUUACCUUGCCUGAGUAGGGAUAUCUCCAGUGUAGGUGUUUGCACACAAAGUAUUUUCUCAAUUCCCACUCUAAUCCAUGGUGUUCUAGGAAAUGGUUAAUUUGAAUCUGAAACAGGCAUAUUCUCCUCUCCAUCCCACUGGGGCAGGGCUGAGGGGAAGUCAGCACUUAGUUUCUGGAUGGGCUUAAACCACAGCAAUAAUUUCCCAUUUUCUUUUGAAACUCAGUUCAAAUUCAAAGCAAAUUUCUUCUUUUUCUGGUAACACAUUGUAAUAGUAAGCAUAUAGAGCAGAUUCCAAUCUGGGCUAUACUCCACAGCAUCAUAGUUGUUUACACAGUGUGGUUUGUAUUAUCUCUAAAUCAGAUUAGGGAUCUGUGUGUAAAUACACACAGUGAAGUUAUUUUAGAAUUAUACCUGAAAUGCACAUUAUUCUUACUAGUGCUGUUCAUGGGAAAGGAGAUGGGCUUCUGGUAAAUCCACAUCAGGUACUAAAAUAGGAAAUGGAGAAAUUCAGGUCGAUAUUACAUUCCAGUUUAGGUUUCCUGACCUGGCUAUUAUGGAAAGUACUUCUGUAGUAGUGUAAAUUUGUUAGCCAAUAUACUGAUCCUGAAGUCAUAAAGAUGCAUGAAACAUCACCCUUAUUUUGCUACACAUACAGAAAAAUGACGAACCACAGUAUUUUUAAUGUUUUAUUUGCUUGCCAAAAGUCUGUGUAAAGUACAGCAAAGUAACAAACAUGGUAAUUCUUCUAAGCUGCUUUCUUGCUCUUCAGAUAAUUUCUGAUAAACUCUGAAGUUCAGCACCCUAGGACUUAGAGAGUAUUAGCCUGAUGAAAACUGAAAACUUUGUGAAUAAGGAUAAGAAAGACAUGAGAAAUUUAAGCUGGUGGUAGAUAGUAAAAGUAUUGUAGCUAAAAGUAACAACAUUAAUAUGUAACCUACAUAUUAAUAGGUAAUAUGGUUAUAACAUGAGUUGAAAGUAUAUUCAGGAACAACAUAUCAGCUUUGUGUAGAUUUACGCAUCUUUGAGGAAAUAACCACUAUUUCUGUUAUAUAAAAGUAAUUAUACCAGUAUAUCAAAUACAAACACUUUCAGAAGAAGGAGGAAGAAAGAUAAAUCUAGGGCCUUGGGACAAAGUCUGUUUCCAGAAAAUCUGGAGCAUUUUCAAGCAUGUAAAGUUAUCUUGAUUAAAAAGUGUCGUAUUUUGUGUUUAUUACAAGAAAUAAAUCUAUUCUAGAAUUGUUCUUACAACAGAGCCCCGAUUAAAAAA